AUGGCAUCCAAUAGGGAUAGCGAACAUUGGCAUCCUGCAGCGGAACAGAAGCAUGCAGAGCCAGCUUCAUCUUUCUUCGCAGUGCACCUUGCACCGCACAUUGCAUCACAAGGAAGCCAGGCGCACCAUCUGACACGGGAGACAUUUUCGCAACUGCGCCAGGAGCUUCUAGGCGGCAGAUAUAGGCAGCUACGGCUCGAUGACAGCGUCACUGAUGUCAACAAGUUAGUUUGCGUUGUCCUCAAGGCCGGUCUAGAACCCAACUGGAAGGAAGAUGGCCUUAACAGAAAAGACUUUAAGAGCCAGAUUACAGACUGCUUGGACAUCAUCCAGGCUGCUGUCGAGAAGGCCCCACAGUGUCUAACUGAAUUCGCAGACCCUGAAAUCCUGGGAAAGGGCAUACGUGCGCCAUUAUUUGCCUGGCUAGUUUUGCGAUUGAUCGACUUGUUCAAUGCCUGGAAUUGUGAAGAUGUACAGAAAAAAAUCGGUGAUAUUUUUUUAAGCAUAGUUUACUCCCAAUCAAAGCAAGUUCGACCAUGGCCUAAUGGCCUUUCUGUCCCGGCGUUUUUGCGUGCUUGCACAGCAGAUAUCUUGCAGUAUCUCGAAAGCCUAGGUGUUUUGGAGCUGAAGCAUUUCAGUACGGCCAUACUCUCUGUUCCAGCGCUAGGAGAAUCUUUUUUAGGAAGCCUAAACAGGCUUGGUUAUCCCUGCAGGCUUUCCGACCAUAGUAUGACGCUCGGGACAUUUCCACAAGCUGUCAGCUUGCUACUCCUACUGCUAGAUAUCUUUGUUCCGAACUCAGAGACUGAUAUCCACGCGAACAAAAAUGACUCUUUGGUACGGCUGAACCGCAUGUGGGCUCUGAACGGAUACUGGCGCUUGUGGAAAGUCGUUUUUUUUUGGCUAAGAAGCUCUCCAUCGGAUAUGCAUCAAUGUGCGAUUCCUGCGUCUCUGCAAUUCCUAGCCUCUGUCCAGAAUCGUUGCAACAAGGAAUUGCCUCUAUCAGCCCCUGUGCCAUCGAAAACAGAGUUCACAUACGUAUGGCUUCAAUCCUUGACGGAAUUACUCACGCUAGACUGUUUAAACAAACUGCCUGCCCUCCAUCUCGGAUUGAGCCAAUCUUUACGUGGUCUCGCGGAAUGUUUGGGACACUCAGAGACAUUCGUCACUUGUAUGGAAGACCUCCUUCUGCCAGUAUUGGUAGAUGUCAAAAAUGAUGUUGCCUUUGACAGUCUGGAACUAUGUCUCCAAAUGACCAUACAAGAUGUCCUGGAAAGCUCUUCACAUCCAAACUUGCAGCGUCUCCAAGUUAAGCGAAAUAAUCGCAGUUUCAGUAAAAUGAAUAUUUCGGGCUCCUCCGUUGAGAUUCAAAGACUGAGCGUUACAUGUGAAGCGACAGAUCCAAAGGACGAGACUCGUGCAGCAAAGCGUCUUUGCCUUUCACGAGACUUGAUCAAGCACGAGGACUGGAAUCCACUACAGCAGCUUCUAACCAGAUCUUUCAUAUUGCUGCGUUCAGAGAGCUCUAAGGGAAUACAGGAUCUAGGUGCUGCUGUCUCUGACUCAUUUGCUGGACUUUCCGAAGAGGACAAGUGCAAGAUACUGGAGACUCUAGGCAGGAUUUCAUGCGCUAUUGCCGGGGGCUUGAGCAGAAGACCCUCCGGUAUCACAACCGAUGCUGAAAUGUUGUGUAAUGUCUGUGAUAAUGAAGAUUACGAAAAUAAUGCACCAUCAAACAUGCAACGUUCUAGCUAUGAUAGCCUACGGGAGGCACUGACCGUCAUUCUAUCUCAACUCACUCGCGCUUCAAGCCCUAGGGUAGCUGCAAUGGUCGCAUUAAGGAGGCUGUUAAUGCAUGAUUCCACCUCCAAUCAAAUGCAACUAGCUUCGUCUGUUUUCGGGGAGUUCUGUCUGAAUUCGCUUCGAAGUUCAAUAAGAGAGCUUCGAUUGGUCACUGGGCAUUCAGUAGCGGCUUUUGUCCGUACAGGCACAGGCUCCGAAACUCGCCGGAGUAACUUCGUCAUUGUUCUAGAGUGGCUGAAGAACCUCUCCGAGAAGAAUGAAAUCUCACUACAGGAGACUUGCAUUUUAACCUUGUGUCGUCUUGCAUGUUUCUCUGGAGAUGAGGAAAUGAAUAUAAUACUCCUUCGCUUGUUGGAGUACCUGGGCCACUCGAACCCCUUCAUCUGUGCAGUGACGCAUACAGAACUUUCAAAACUUGCCCAAGAUCUUUCUGUGACACCUACCGGUUUAUUUCGACCUUUUUGGAGAACUAUCUCUAUAACAGUUGUCAAGAAUUUCCAAUCCCGCCCAUACAUGGCAGAGCAACUCUGUGAUCUGCUUGGAAUGAAAGUGGAUGAUUUCCUCAGGUUGACUGAAGUGCACAUUUUGCCGUACCUGGUGCUGACCCGAAAACGUGAUCUUAUUUGCAAGGUUGCUGCUACCUACAAGAACACUAAGUCCCCUUUCGAUAUCUGUUCGGAAAAGAAUAACCUAGCAGCGAUCCUUGCUUUUCUCUUGAGUCAGCCCUCGUCAGACCCGGAGGGAAUGAUAAUGACACUGUUAGCCGAAGUAGACCCCAGCUUUAAAGGUCGCACCCUGGCGGAACUGGUACGAACGGAGCCAAUUCUGAUUGCUUGCGAUCUUCUGAAGGGGCUCGGAGACUCUGGCGAUGUGAAGGGUGAAAGAUAUCACCGCGCACUUCGUGUUCUAGCAGCUUUAGUGCCUCGAAAAUGCACUUCUCGGAAUGCCGCGUCCAAGAGAUCGAGCUCGCUGGGUCAUUUCAUCGAGGAGCAUGUUCUCGGUAUAAUCACCCAAUUCGCAAAUGCUGUCAAUGACUUUCAAGUCAGGCAGUCGCUUGUGGAGAAGAAGAGAAACAUUGUGGCUAUCGGGGAAAUGAUCAAAAUUGCCGGAGGUCACGUAGGCAGUGCAUUACCGCAGGUAUGA